AUGAACACCGAACAGGCCCCACAAUGGCUUUCGCCGUACCUUAUCCCCUUCUUUACUCUAUCAUACCCGACGGCUGUCCCAGCGAACCCAGAUUCGUUCCCAGAUUCCUCGUAUUACACAACAGGUCUUCUCGAUGGCUGCCUCUUGAUAACCCUCAUCGCAAUCAUGGCCGUCUUGCGUGACGUGUUGCGCCUAUGGGUUCUUGAGCCUUUUGCGAAGUGGAAGCUGACGCGGGACUUGAGGCUGCGAGCUUCAGCCAAACAAAAGAAGGCGAACGGGAAUGGGCACAACGGCGUGUCUAAUGGCAACGGGAAGGCAAAUGGUGCGUCAAACGGCGAAGGAAAGUCUACGGCAGUCGCGAAUGAGAAUGGGCGUGCCCGGCGCGUGGUGUCGAACAGUAACGGGCACUCAGUAGGUGCCCAAGGCGUAAUAAUCUCCAGAAGAGAAGCCAAGAAAAUGCACCGAAGCGUGAUUCGCUUCGCGGAACAAGGCUGGCCUGUGGUCUAUUAUACUUUCGUAUGGUCUUUUGGAUUGUAUGUACAUUCCAACCUCCCGACCCGCAUAUUGGACCCAAUAGACGUCUGGCUAAAUUAUCCUCAUAUUCCCAUUGCUGGACCUGUCAAACUAUACUACUCGUUGAACACCGCGUUCUAUAUGCACCAAAUACUAAUCAUCAAUGCGGAAGCCCACCGUCAGGACCAUUGGCAGAUGAUGACCCACCAUGUUAUCACCAUUUUCUUGAUGAUUGGCAGCUACUUCUACAAUUAUACGCGCAUAGGAUGUCUCAUCAUGUUGAUCAUGGAUUGGUGUGAUAUUUUCCUCCCCCUGGCGAAAAUGUUCCGAUACUUGUCCUUCACGAGGCUCUGCGACGCGACCUUUGUUUUCUUCAUGCUUUCGUGGGUGACGACCCGCCAUGUCCUGUUCCUCCUCGCCAUCAAGUCUACAUGGUCCGCAUUAGACCUCUUUCCAUCUAUAUGGGCGCCCGAGCGCAGCAUUACCACCGAGGUUCAUGUCACCUUCCUGAGCAUGCUCAUCACGCUGCAGUUUAUUCAAAUUUGGUGGUUCUGGAGAAUAUGCCUGGUCGCAUGGCGCGUAGUAUCCGGGCAAGGCGCGGAAGAUAACCGCAGCGACGACGAAGAUGAUGAUGGUUCCUCAGGGAACGAUUUGGAGAAAGACGAGUGA